AUGAAGUUCCAGUCGAGCGUUUACCUUAUAAGACUGUCUGUGAUUGGUCUUCAGGCUCUGCAGCUCGGUAUGUUAAGCUUCAAGUCGGCAGGUCUCACGGUGAAAAGAGGAUGCUUUUGUUUGGGGCGUAAUUUCAGCUCAACUGGAACACUGCGAAAUGCCAUAAAUGUGUCAAGUUCAGAAGCAAAUCAAGAUCAAACGAUUGAAGGUAUUACAGCUCAGGAGGCAGAAGAUCUGUCCAAAGCUUUAGAUGAUUCCUCAUACAGUAUUUUCCCUGCCAUUCAGGAUAUCAAACCUAGCGAUCUUGUUGGCCACCAAAGCUUUGGAGUAAAAUCAUAUUUCGUUGAAAGAUCUGCGACGGGGAAUCUUCCGGUAUACACGGACUUCAAAAGCGGUGGCAAAGUGGUCACGGAAAUUCGCAGGAUCAGUGGUGACCCCGUGCAGCUACGGAACGAUUUGCAGGAAAAACUCAAGCAUAUACCCAAAUCAUCUUUUCGGGUAAUGAUGCAAGCCAAAAAGGUUGUCAUUCAAGGCGACGUCGUUAAGCAAGUGAAGAAUGUUCUGUCUACUUCGUUUUAG